AUGACUGCUACUUCCAGUUCAGAUGAAUCGAUCGAUGAGAUCUCCCUGAAAGAACAGAUCAUUUCCAAAGUCUCUUGCCAACCUGGAGACAUCAUCAUCGAAAAACAUGCGGCAAAAGAAGUGACGAAGAUGCUUGAAAAACACGAAACAGCAGCGGUUAGUCGCUACAUCAAGAAGUUUUUGGACGAUUGGAGGAGCCAAAAAGUCUCGAUUGCGGUCUACGGAGAUAAGGAUAAUGGAAAAAGCCAAUUGAUCAACACUUUGAGAGGCACGAAUUCGGCUUAUACAGUGUCGAGCUCCUGCACGUCUCCAAUGCCCUACGUGUAUCCCUUUAAUUCGAAUAUCCAAUUUUGGGAGCUCCCGCCGAUCGCGCGCGAGGGCCGCUACAAAAAGGAUAAGUACUUAAAAGAAAUAAACGCUUCCCGCUUCGAUCUCGUCAUCAUUUUAUCCUGCAAUCGCUUCGCUAUGACUUCGGAUUGCUGGCUAGCCAAGCAAUUCGAGGAAUUAAAAACGCCAGUUAUUUUCGCUAGGACUAAAGUCGAUGAAAGCGUCGAUCAAGACCGUAAAACCUACCCACACACCCACAGUCUCGAGCGCUGCCUCGCCAGAAUCCGCAAAACGGCGAUGACUUCCCUCUCGGAAAAAUCCAUCAAAACCGAGAGUUUCUAUAUGAUCGGCAGCAAAAAGCCGCUUUUGUACGAUUUCGGCGACUUCAUCACUGCUUUGGUCGAUCGACUCAAGCCAGAAAAACGAGAAGCGUUUACGCUCAGCAUGAUUCCUGUCAAUCCGGCUGUGAUUCACAAAAAAUACGAAAUUCUGAGCUCUAGAAUUUGGGUCAUUGCCUGUUCCUCCGCUGCGAAUGGUCAGAAAGUGCCAAAAUCAGAGUCAAAGGCGGAAUUGGAAAUGAUGUUAGAUGAAGUGCGAUUUUACAGAAAACAACUGGGAGCGCAGGAAGAUGCGCUGCGAAAAAUUAAGGACCGUGAACGUGACUUUCUCGGGGCCAUGGGAAAGAUCAACUACACAAAAGAGGGAUUAGAGGAUUUGGUUAGAAAGGCAGAGGUGGAGACGGAUGCUGAUAUGUUUGUUACGAGUUUGAAGAUCAUCUCGCUUCGCUGGUGGAUGAGCCACCUAGGUGUUGGAGCUUCAUUCACAAACACAUGCGCCGUUCUCCGCUUUCUUCUCCACAAUCUACAGAACAUCGGCCUCAAAUAUCUCAAAAUCCAAGACCAAGAAAAGAUCGAAAAAGAAGAGCGUCGCAUUCGAGCAAAAGAAGUCAUCGAAAAAGCUCGCAAUGGCGGUUCUUCUAUCAUCAAAUCUUCCAGUUUAUCAUCAAAAAAGAGCUCUUCCAGCUCAUCGGGAGAAAAGAAGAAAAAGAAGAAGAAGAUUUCCUUGAAAUCGGAUGAAAAAGAAGAUUCUGGUCAAGGAACUUCCAGCGGCGAGGAUACUAAAAUUAAGAAGAAAAAGAAGACAAAGACCAAAUCCGACUCCGAAAACGGCGAAAAGCGCAAGAAAAAGAGCAAAAAGAAGUCCGACGAUAAAAAAUCGGACAAAUCCGCCUUUAAGUCCGAAAAACCAGCUCCCAUCCGAGUCAUCAAAAUCAACAGAGUCAUCACUCGCGAGCACUUAGCCUCAGCCUCCCAGACCAGUUUUUCUACCAACGCAGUUACAGUCUUGGCUCCAGCUACAACAACAUCGACUCAAGGAGCCACUCAAAACCCAACCAAUCCUCCUACUUCUGGCUGCGACGCUUCCAAGCCUUCCACCUGCACUUCCCUUACCACCGCAGAAAUUGGCCUGGAAAACGAGUGGUCCUGCCGAAACUGCUUCAGAAUCAACGCGCACUAUCAACUUCCCGCUACUUGGCAAGACACUGAUUUCGUCACGAUCAAGUUCAAAAUCCCCGUCACUUGGAGCACCUUCUCGCAUCCAAUUGACAAUGUCCAAGCUCUUGAUUCUGGCUUGACUUGGCGAAUUAAUUUUGCUGCUGGAGCAAAUUUUGAAUCGGGAAUGAUGUUUGAUGCGAAUUUGAUGGCGCUGCAGACAGUGACGAUGUCGAAUUCGGCUGUUUUCGAGGAGAUCAAAUCUUGUCCCUGUACUAAUACAUCUGUAGGAACAACAACUGCUUCUCCUGGCGGUGGAGCAACUACGACCCAAGCUCCAGGUCCAACUACAACAACCCAGGCUCCUGGUCCAACAACAACGACUCAGUCGCCCGGACCGACCACUACUCAAGCUCCAGGCCCAACAACGACCCAAUCUCCGGCGCCGACCACAACCGUAGCUCCCUGCACUCCUUUCAACACCCUCGGCAGCUUCACCCACUACGAUCUCCGCGACAACGACAUUGAAAACGGCGCUUGCGGCUUGAUGUGGAGCGGUAGCAAUCUUGGAACAACCAUGUUCGUCGCUUUGGAUCAAGAUACCGACUACGACUCGAACAGAAACUGCGGCCGAUGCAUCAAAAUGAAGUGCGAAUGCACUCAGAGCCAGUUUCCAGGAGCCUGCGCUGCUGGACAGGAGACCAUUGCUAUUGUCGCGGAUAACUGCCCCGAUGCAGGAUGCCAUCAGGGUCAUGUGGAUAGUUCUACCUGGGUCUGGAACUCGGUAAGCGGAAAUGAAGCGCCUUCGAUUUAUGAUGGAAGCUGGGAGUUUGUCGAGUGCCCAGCCGGAUUCGUUCCUCACCCCGUUUCUCAGAUUCGCUUCAAAACUGGCAGCUCUCAAUUCUGGAUGGCUAUUCAACCCUCGAAUCACAAAUUCGGCAUCGUGAAAAUGAGCAUCAACGGCGUUGACCUUCCAAAUGGUGGUGUCACCGGCGCUGUUGGAGAGAACUACUACUACAUCGCUGACGGAAUUGUUUCGUCCUUCCCAUUCACGAUCGAGAUUGAAAAUACAAAUGGCGAAACCGCCAGCGCGACGAUCAAUUCUGCGGCCGAGAUUGGUGAUAAUUUCUUUGUUGAUCUUGAUGCUCUUGUUUGA